UAGUGGAAAGAAUGGCGUUGUGCUGGCACUGUCCAACUUCAUCCACCACCAUAUGCGUUAUGGUGGGUGUUAUUACAGACUUGUUCUCACGCGGGCUUGCCAUGCUUGCGUCUAGAAAUGACUGGAAUUCUUCUGCCAAAGCCAUGGUCAUGAAAAACACCCUAAACUUUUUAAGCUGGCUUACCUCAAAUGAGGCUGCUCGCUCUUGAGCCCUUCUUGGCGCUCUUUCCCAAUCUCUUUCAUAUUUCUGAAUUAAUUUACCGCUUUUCUUCAUCAACUCCUCCCGAAUGUCUUCAUCCUUCACUCUAUGAACAACUAAAUGUUCACCCACCUGUCUGAUUCUUUCCAUGUAUCGGGCCUUUCCAUUACCUGAGAAGAUGGCCAACAUGGGAACUUGUUGGCCAGCCAUUCUCAUUGCCUUAUCCGUGUCUUC